AUGACCCCCAGGAUGCUCCCCCGCGAACCACCGGCAAAGCGACGCAGAAUUACAUCUCAUGGCGCUCCGAAGACAUCUUCGACAACUUUCUCUGAUAAUGGCAUCAAAUCUGUGACGACGCCGACAGCGAAGAAGGCGGGCGCGGGUAGAUGUUCGACGUGCCACCGCGCCGUCGGCGGAUCUGCACAGAUUCUACAGUGUGCAAGAUGCGAAGCGCCGACGUGUCCAGUCUGCACACGGACAUGUACCGCUGUACCACCGACGCGCGAGCCCACGCCGGCGCUUUCCUUUUCCUCGAGCACGUCGCCACCCACUCCCACGCCCUCCCCACGCCGAGCUGCGCUUUCCCUCGCCACAAACACAAACGAGGCUACGGUAAACGCCGCACGAAGGCGGAAACAUGAGGAUGAUGAGGAGGGUGUGGGGAUUGGGAAGGAGAUGGAUGCGGAAGGGUGGAGGCAAGGUUGUGGGAGGGUCGUUUGUAGGGCUUGUUGUACAGAGUCGAUACAGAGUUGCACAGUUACCUGCCGCGACUGUCUCCUCGGAGGAUACUCUUCUGCCACAUCGGAUAUGGAUUGA